GCUGCGCUCAUUAUGUGCGUAGUUUCGUGUUGAUCGCUUUGAAAAAGUCGCAGCAUUUUUAAUUGACUAUAAGAAAUUGCACGGCCGAGCUCCAAAACAUUCGUUAGACUGGUUUUAUAUGUUCAUGUGUCUGGCUGCUGUCGGUAGAAACACUCCGGGACAAUAAUCCGUAAAAUGGCGAGCACAUGGAAAUAUUCUUGUUUUAUUUUUAUUUGGUUCGGUCUGUUCGACAAUUCUCGCGCCGCGCGUAAGAACCGUUUCCAUGGUAAUGCUCUGCCAAACGAACUCUAUAGUUUUGACCAGUCGACCUUGGUGGCUGAAAUACAUACGGACACGCGGAUCCAGUGCGCCAACCAGUGCCGUCUCCGCGCCUGCACGGCAUUCCUCUGGAAAUAUUCCACUGUAAGCGACGAUCGGUGUUUUUCGGCGGAUUACUGGCAGUACUCCGGUACAUGGGCGCGGACUAAGGGGGGAAUAGCCUGUCAGCGCUGGGACAGCCAGUUUCCUCACGGUCACUCCUGGAACCCUUACUACAUCCCGGAUAGCUCGCUGACGGCGGCCCAAAAUUACUGCAGGGACGUUUCCAAGACAGGCUACCCCUGGUGCUACACCGUCAGAGGCGAUGUGAGAUGGGACACGUGCAACCUUUAUAAAUGCUUCUUCAAUGACAAUAAUUGUCGACUGUACAGGGCCGCAGGGGGACAUCAGGAGAACGUGGAGGGUCUUAAGUAUAUGGUCAUGACCUGAGCCACCGGGCCGUCAUGAAAUACAAGAGGGCAAAAGCGGACCAAUUCGCGUCUUGUGAUUAU